AUGUCAGAGCACGAGUACAGGUUCAACGUCGCCAUGUCUUGCGGAGGCUGCAGCGGGGCGGUCACUCGAGUGCUCUCCAAGCUUGAAGGCGUCUCCUCUUUCGAUGUAUCGUUGGAGACUCAGACUGUAGUGGUCAAGGGAACUGCUCCUUACGAUACUGUUUUGGAAAAGAUCAAAAAGACGGGCAAGGAGGUUAGAGAGGGUCAAGUGGUAGCAUAG